AUGCCGUGCGAUGCCCUGCGCGAGGUGCUCGACGCCGGGGCGUCGACGGGGCGCGCGCGCGGCGUCGCGGCGACGUGGUGGGCGGCGUUGACGGAAGCGCACGACGAGGAGACGCUGCGAACGGUGGACGAGACGUGCGCGCGCGCGCUGGGAGGGGAAACGAGCGAUGGCGACGACGUCGAGGCGUGCGCGGAGUCGGUGUGGGCGUGCGCGUUCGUGUUGGGGUCGGAGACGUGGGCGGAGGUGGGGCGGACGCGCGAGGCGGUGCGCGAGGCGAGGCGGCGGAGACGCGGCGCGGGCGACGACGGAGAGGUCGACGACGGCGAAACGGUCGAGGUGGAGACGGAGCGCGCGGUGGAGGUUGACGGUGGACGAUGUGUUCGAGUUGGAAGGACGAAAGAGUCGAGUUUGCACGCGAGCGUUUCGGGCGCGCUGCGGCGCGAACGGGACGCGCGGAUGAAGGAGUUAGAGACGCGGAGGCGACCGACGGACGAGAACGUCGUUCGUUCGUGCGUGAUCGCAGCGUUCGUGGACGCGUUCGAAGACGAGGAUGCGUUGGAGUACGUCGCCGGGAUCGUCGCCUCCGACGUUGAGGAGGUGGAAGGUUCUUUCGAGGACGCGCUCGGCGCCGUAAUCGACGCAUACGAUUUGAGCGUGCGCGUCGAAGACGUGUGUGCGCGACUGCGCGCGGCUUUGGACGAGCGAGCCUCGGUGGAGAUUCGACGAACGGUGGCCGUGACGUCGAGCGGAGAAGACGGCGUGCGACGACUCGCGAGCGUGGUGAAAAUUGGUGGCGACGUGUCUAGGCGUCAAAAUCGCGAUAGCUCAGACGCCGCGGCCAGUCUCGUCGGUGGAAGUGGCUUUUGGGAGCAAGAGCAACGGAAGAAACAACUCGAGGAAGAGGAACGCAUGUCCGCGGUGGCUCAGGCGAAUAUCGAUGCUGUGGAAUUGAAGCGGCGAAAGCGCGAAGAAAAAGCCGCCAAGGCUCGACUCAAGGCGCGCGAGGCGCAGUUGGAGGAAGAGAUUCGAAACAUGGAGCAACUCGCGAUCGACGCCGCGUACUCAAAGGGAGCGUCGAGUAAACUCGGUUCGCGGGAUAUCAGCGUCGCCGAGUUCAGCAUGCCGCAUCCGCGCGGUGGCGAUGAUUUGCUUGAAGGGACUUCGCUCAGCCUCACGCACGGUCGACGGUACGGUUUGGUGGGGCGCAACGGAUGCGGGAAGAGCACGUUGCUUCGACUACUCGCGCGAAAGCGCGUCCCAGGUGUGCCGGCGGAUCUAAGGAUCAUGUACGUUGCGCAGGACUCCAGCGACGAUUUGUCCAUGUGCGACUCAACAGCGAUCGAAGUUUUGGUAAAGUCAGAUACGCGCAGAGAAAUCUUAACAAAGCAGCUCAAAGACUUACAAGAACACGACGAGGCUUCGGUGGAUUUGGCGAUCGAGAAGCGAAUUCGUAAUAUUUGCGAAGAACUCAAAGCCAUCGGUGCCACGGACGCUGAAGAGCGCGCGCGGAGAAUUCUUCGCGGAUUACAAUUUGACGCAAAGCAAAUGCAUCGUCCGGUGAACGCGCUCUCUGGCGGAUGGCGCAUGCGCGUGUCACUCGCUCGUGCGCUCUUCGUCAAUCCAGACUGCCUGUUACUCGACGAACCGACCAAUCACUUGGAUUUGGAGGCGUGCCUCUGGCUCGAGCAGUACCUUUGUGGCGCUUUCGACGGUCGAACGCUCGUCGUUGUCUCGCACGACCGCUCGUUUCUGGACACCGUGUGUACAGACGUCAUAUGCAUAAUGAAUAAAAAGGUCACGGCGUACGCGGGAAGUUACUCCACUUACGAAGCCGUGCGCGAUGAACAAAAUGCACGUCAGCAAAAACUGUUUGAAGAGCAGCAGGCGAAGAAGAAGCAAAUGCAAAAGUUUGUCGACAAGCAUCUGCACAAAGGGACUUCGAGCAUGUUUGACGACGGGAAUGCGAAGAAGGCAAAGGAGAUGGCAAAGAAGAUGGAACGAAUGGGAGCGCUCGGUAACGACGGCAAAAAGUGGAAGCUGUCCUACGAUGGUGCGCAGAAAGAGCUCACAGCGCCCGAGAUUGAAACCGGACAGUUCCGUUUCACGUUUCCCGAUCCCGGGAUGCCGCUAGGACCGAACGAGUGCGUGCAGUUUCGCGACGUCCGUUUCGAAUACGACGGAGAAGACGCGAAGACGCUAUUCUCUGGACUCUCAAUGCCCUUCGAUCUCACCACUCGCAUCGCUUUGGUCGGUCGAAACGGCGCUGGUAAGUCUACGUUGAUGAAGCUCAUCACUGGCGCGCUCGAGCCGACAUCCGGGAACGUCUUUCGAAGCGGUAAGCUUCGAGUGGCCUACGUCACGCAGCAUCACGUCGAUCAGCUGGAUUUAUCCAUGACAGCGCUGGAGUACGCUCUGCACAUCGGUGGUCACACUCGACCGUCGCCCGAGCACGAGCAAGACGCGCGUCGCCGACUUGGGAGACUGGGCAUUUCAGGGUCUCUGCAGACACAAACCAUCGCGUCGCUCUCCGGCGGUCAACGCUCGCGCGUCGCCUGGGCCGUCGCGAGCUGGGAGGACCCGCAUCUCCUCCUCCUCGACGAACCAACGAAUCACUUGGAUUAUGAGUCCGUGAACGCCCUCGCCGAGGCCGUGAACGCCUUCCCCGGCGGCGUCGUCUUCGUCUCCCACGACGAGUACUUCAUCAAAUGUAUCGAAAAGUGCGAGACCUUGGAGGUCACCGGCGACGCCGAUCCGGGCGUCAUUCGUCACGCCGACGACUUCGACGCGUACAAGCGCAAGGCUAUCCGCGCCCUCAGACGCUGGACGUAG